AUGAAGUUUUACAAUUCGCUUCUCAUUGCUGCAAAUAUCAUCGGCUUGUCAUUGGGUACUGACGCACUCACUAGUCAGACCUGUUCUGAGGUUAUAGAAGAAUGUCCUGACUUGGACUUCACCUUUCACUCUAAGAACGUCAGACUACCACUUGCUGAUAUCUCAAUCUCUGAAGUUGUCUGGACUGGUGGCGACACGUAUGAUGUCACAGUGAACUUCAAAGCUAAAGAGACUCUCAUGGAUAUCAAGUACCUCACAGAAUUGAAACUUCUUGUUGACGGAGGUGUUAUAUUCUCUAGAAAUUCAGGUGAGCGUUAUAUUUCUGAUCCAUCUGACUGGAGCUUUACCAUUGCACUCAAUUUGGUGCCUGACGAAAAUUGUCGCAUCAGGCCAAAAAUUGACAUUCAAUACGACUGGUGUACUGCAGGUGUCAUGACACUGGGGGACGAUAAGGAGGCAACAAUACCGGUCGAAGGUGCAACGGAAGCCUGUGCUGCAUGGUCUCAAGUUUACGAAAAGUCCUAUGACUACAGUCCAGGUUGUAACCACGACGCAG